CACACCCGGCGGGUAGACGGGGCCCUCAUCCCCAGUCCUUGGGGACACCGUAACGGUGCAGGUUUUGCAGCUCGGGCAUGGUGAUGCCGGCCGAUCCACAUCCCACACCCGACCUCCCCGCACUGUGGGACCCCAUCCCCUCACCUGAUGCAAGAUAACCUUAUUAGUAACUCACCUGUCAUUCAUGUCACUUCAUAGCAUCUAGCUCCGCAACUGGAAAGUUAGGUCUGAGUCUACAUGUGUAAAUCGAUGAGUGACUUGUCGAGUGAAUUUGAAAAAUGGGACGCAUCUUCUAGCACGGGAUGAAUUAGAUAGUUUAGGAACUGUUAAUUUAGCUUUCAUUUCCAUUUCCUUUGUUUUCUUUCUUUUAAAAGAGCUUUUAAUUUGUGAUUUUUAUUUUGACCUUGGGCAUCAAUUCUCCCUUGCCCUCCACCAACUGAGAGGGAGGAUGCCUGAAACCCUGGCUCUGGUGUUAUGGAAUCAGUCACCUUUGAGGAUGUGGCGUUGGGGCUCCUCCAGGAGUGGACGUUGUUGGAUGGUGCUUGGCAGAACCUGUGCAGAUACGUGAUACUGGACAACUGCAGGACUCUGGCCCCCAGGGGGACUUCAUUGUGCACACCCAGUCUGGUCUCCCAGGUGGGACCAAGAGGAGAGCUGAGGGCAGGACAACAAAGGAUUCUCUGCACCAUGGCUGUGGAGUGGGAAUCUCAACUUAAAUCCAAAGAGUCUACUCCUGUGCAGGAUAUUUUGGAGGAAAAUUCAUCCCAUGAUAUGCAAAUGGGGUCAGGGCUGGACCUGAUGAGGCAGAUCAGGACCUUGACAGGAGAGAGUAGGACAUUGCCGGCUCCAGAGGACCAGUCAUCUCUGCGGGAGGCACCUUGGUCUUCCAGAUACGCAGGCCUGAAGGUGGCUAUGCAGAUUCAGAGGGUAGCCAUGCUGCAGCCUGCCCUGGGCCUCCUCGCCCCAUGGAUGACCGGGGGCUCCGCUCUGCCUGCUCAGGACCCUGCCUGGCUCCAGCAGGAGAGCACAGAGGAAGCAACUGUGGCUCCUGGGGUGCUGACCACCUUUCCACAGGAAGCUAUCACUUUUGCGGAUGUGGCUGUGUUGUUCACCCCGGAAGAAUGGAUGUUUCUAGACUCUACCCAGAGAAUCCUGUACAGAGAUGUGAUGCUGGAGAACUAUAGGAACCUGGCCUUUGUGGCAGGAAAUCAACUAUGCAAACCCAGUAUGCUUUCCCAUUUGGAUGAAAGAGAAGAGCUAUGUAGCACUAAAAGAGGAAUCUUCCCAGAAACCUGGCUAGAACCUCAACUACAACCCCAAGAAUCAUUUUCUCACCAAGAUAUUUUUGUGGAGCUUCCAUCCAUUGACAUGAAAAGGGAACAACCUCAGACUGGAGAAAAACCCUAUAAAUACAAUGAAGAUGGGAAACAUUUUAAUAGUAUCAAACCACUUUUUCAGUAUCAGAGAGUUCACACUGGAGGGGACUCCUAUGAAUGCCAAAAGAGUAGAAAGUCCUUCUUUCAAUCCACUCACUUAAUCAUACCUGAGAAAAUUUGUAGCAGAAACAAAACUUAUGCAUGUAACAAAUGUGAAAAGUCUUUCAGAUACAACUCUGACCUCAUCAGGCAUGAAAAAACCCAUACUGCAGAGAAAUGCUUUGAAUGUCAAGAAUGUAGGCAAGCUUUCAAGUAUUCCUCGAACUUGCGGCGGCACAUGAAAACACACACUGGAGAGAAACCUUUUGAAUGUAGUCAGUGUGGGAAAACUUUCACGAGGAACUUUAAUCUUAUUUUGCACCAGAGAAACCACACAGGAGAGAAGCCCUAUGAAUGUAAGGACUGUGGGAAAGCAUUUAAUCAGCCAUCUUCUCUGAGGAGCCAUGUGAGAACUCACACUGGAGAGAAGCCCUUUGGUUGCAGUCUUUGUGGGAAAGCCUUCAGAGAACACUCAUCGCUAAAAACACAUAUGCGAACUCACACUAGAGAGAAACCUUAUGAAUGCAGUCAUUGUGGGAAGCCCUUCCGCACAAGCACACAUCUGAACGUACACAAGAGGGUUCAUACCGGUGAGAAGCUUUAUGAGUGUGUGACUUGUGGUCAGGUUUUGAGCCGUCUGUCAACCCUCAAGAGUCACAUGCGUACUCACACUGGAGAGAAGCCCUACCCAUGUCAGGAAUGUGGACGAGCCUUUAGUGAGCCCUCAUCACUUAGGAAACAUGCAAGAACUCACACAGGCAAGAAGCCCUAUGCCUGUCAGGAAUGUGGACGAGCCUUUGGUCAGUCCUCACACCUUAUUGUACAUGUGAGAACCCACAGUGCAGGGAAACCAUAUGAAUGUAAUCAGUGUGAGAAAGCCUUCAGGCACAGUUCUUCACUCACCGUGCAUAAAAGGAUUCAUGCCAGGAGAGAAAAUGUUCAGAAUGAUGGCUUGCCUUUAUCAGUGUCUCAUCCAUAUAAUAAGUCUUUUGUUAAUUAACUUCUAGUUUAUAUAAUUAUUUGGGGCUCUUGUCAUUUUUUAUAAUUGUUUGACUUCAUGACAUGUUUGGAUAUUUAAUAUUUUCAUUUUGGCUUAAUUCUAAAUAUUGUCUUAAUUUCCCUCAUCACUAAUUCUUUGAUGCAUGAAUUAUUUGAAAUUAGAUUUUAAAUAACAAUACAUAGCUAUAUUUUUAUAGAGAAAUAAUUAACUAUAUUGCAAUUUAUAGACUUUACAUAUACAUUUGGGUGAAUUUGACUGAUGUAUACUUAUAUGUAACUAACGCCCUAUUCAUGAUACAAAAUGUCUAUCAUUCUGGAAAGUUGCUCCAUGUGUAUGGGUGUUUUAGUUGUCUUUCUGUUGUUGCUUUUUAAUACAAUUGCAUUUUCAACAGAGCAUAUGGUCUUUAUGUUAUUGCGUCUUAGGUAUUUGUUGAGAUUUGCUUUUAGGUCUAGUGUGGCAUGUCCUGCUAUUUACCAAAAUCAUCCCUUCUCCUUACAAAAGAACCCAAAUUUUCUGUUCCUAUUGGGAAGGUACACCAUUAAGUAACCUCCAUUUCCAGCUCUUCUCGCAGUUAAGGAAGACCAGAUCCCCCAGUUCUGUCAGUGUAUGAGAAGUCAUCAGGAUGUCAGUGUAGGGACCCAGGGAAGAUGUGGCAUAGGUACAUUUAACCAGCUUGCUCCAUUUCUUGCUUUUUGUACAGGAAGGCAGUGUCCAGAACUGAAAAGAGUAUGGCCAGAAAUGAAACCAUCCUGGCCCCCAGUUGGUAUCUGUGUGAUCUCUGUGUGGCAGUACCAACUCUGGGCUGUUUACUUGGGCAUCUUGUUAUAUGGAAAAUAUUUAUUUCUUUUUUUUUAAUUUUUUAAUUUAAAUUUUUUUUUAUAUUCCCCAUACAAUUACAACCCCCUUAAUAUAUAUUUCUUCAUGGUUUUUUUUUUUUUUUUUUUUGAUUGGGAGAGUAGAGAUGUGUUUGUUAUGUCUAAGAGUAAUCUCUUAACUGAUAUUUUUAGUAUAUGGUCAGUUUUAUAAAUGUUUCAUAUGUGGCUGAAAUGAUUGUAUUCUACAUAUGUCUACUAGACUGAGCAUCUUGUGUUUAAAAAUCUCUGCAUUUAUAAAUUUUGGUCUCUUAAGUCAGUUCAAGAUGCUAUAAACUGGAUGGCUAUAAACAGAAAUUUAUUUCUCACAGUUCUGGAGGCAGGGAAAUUCAAGAUCAAGGUGAACAGAUUUGAUUUUUGGUGAGGGCCCAUUUCAUGUUUAUAGAUGGCCAUCUUCUUGUGUCUCGCACAUGGCAGAAAGAGCAAGAGAGCUCUCUAGGGUCCCUAAGGACACUAAUGCCGUUCAUGAGACUCCAUCCUCAUGACUGAAUCACCUCCCAAAAGGCCCCAUCUCCUAAUACUAUCACCUUGGGGUUAGUGAAUGUGAUUCCCCAGCAUAUGAAUUUUGGAGGACACACAUUUAGCCCAUAGCAAUCUCUAAUCUGUCAUUUGUUAGAGAGCUCUGUUAAAUUCUCCUCCCAGGAUAAUGUAUUACUGAAUAAACCUUGUAAU